UCGUCCACACUUCCUCACUGGUCCUUAAUGGUCCUUGGUGGCCACAGUAAUGCAACAUAGAUCCUUCAGCAGCAUAGCCAGGCACUCGGGACGGGUAUGAAAUCUGCUUUGACUUUGACGUUUCUGUUUCUUCUCCUGUCAUGUGUGUCCACGUGAGGGUGACAAACCUCUGAGAUACUGGCGUGCUUCCUGACACUUUCUGCAAUUAUGAGCACUACAUCUUCCCUUAGUAUAAAAGCAAAAAUCUUCUCCCCUCUAACCACCAGAGCCACUCUCUUCUCAUCCUUUUUCUAGACCGCCUUCGUAGCCCUUAUCUCCAGUAUCAAUGUCUAAGCCAGUUCUGUACACUUUUGGGGGUUCAGUCUGGGCUGCUGUUCCGGAGCUUGCCAUUCGUGAGCUGGGAUAUUUCCCGGACGGUAUCGAAAUCAAGAUUAUAAACCUCCUGAAGGGAGAGAACUUCAAUCCCUCAUUCGUCAAGGUCAAUCCAAAUGCAACUCUCCCGACUCUCACUGCAGACGGCAAAGUGUAUACCAACACAACAGACGUCAUCUCAUACCUUGUCGAGCACGCCCCAAAGUCAGUAAAGAAGGCUUCGGACAAUGAUAUCGUGAAACGUAUUCAUGAAGAUGACAUUGAUCCUAACUUUGCCCUUCUCCUUUCUCGAAACGAUGAAGAGAAGAAAGCUCGCGCUUCUGGUCUCGUACUAUCGUUCUUGUCAGGCCGCCAAGAUGCACUACACAAACACGCCUCAACACCCGAAGCAUCCGAGUUCAGCGACUUCUACAAAGGCAAAAUCGAAGGUAACGGCGGGCUCCUCGCACUAUACUCCGACAAAGCACCCGAUCAUGCAAAGCAAAAGUUUUUCGAAACGUCCACUCAGCAUUGGGAGAACCUUCGCACCUUCAUUCUCAAUUCACUGCCGAGUUACCUCCCGGAUGAGACGGCCUUCUUCGGUGGUGACGUUCCAGGUGAAGCGGACUUCCAUGGCGGUGCUUGGUUAUCUCGUAUCGUAGCUACUGUUGGUGGUAAAGACGUCGAUGCACUCGAGAGCGAGCUUAAGCAACCUGUCCCUCCGAAGGUUGUUGAAUAUUGGAAAGCGUGGAGUGUGCGUGAGAGUUGGAAGUCUGUCUACGCUGAGGGUUUGCAUUAAACGUACCAGAUUUUCGUUAACGCGGUACAGACCAAGUGUAUAAGUAGACACGUAGACAUGUAGAUGAAUUGUCCGGAAUCCAUAAUUUACAUGUAAUGCAUCGAAGACAUAAAAAAGUUGUACCAA